AUGAACCAAAUUGAUGCCCAAGUUGCAGACUUAGCUGUUGGCACAGCUAUCCCUGAUGGAGUUGUUGAAAACCAAUCAGUUAUUGCUAAUAGUGUCAAUACAAACAUUCCCAAUGAGGAGGGUGUCAUACUCCAAGUCUCAGAACCAGUGUAUCCUCUUGAACCUCCUGAGGUUCUUCCAUCAGCUCCAGCUGUCAUAGCUCCCAAACCUCCUCACGAACACCCUCCAUUGUCUUAUGAUUAUGUACUGCCUGUGAAAAAGAAAAAAAAGAAGACCAAACUUACAUUUGAAGGAUUUGAAGAAGUUUUGGCUGAAGUAGGAGUAGAACUUAUCAAAGUAGUAGAUGGUUGGGACGGGGAGGAGGAUAUGGAGAUUAUGGACUCGUCAACAUGGGCAGGAUCUGACCGAGAUUACACUUAUGAUGAGGUGGUUAUUGGAACGAAUUUUAAUAUUAUGCGUCAGAAGAACCCUAAUAUGGUGGAUCGUAAAACUAAACUAGUUAUGAAACCUCCUCAAGUAAUAAGAGUAGGAGCUCGAAGAACAUCAUUUGCUAACUUUACAGAAAUCUGUAAACUAUUACACAGACAACCUAAACAUUUAUUAGCUUUCUUACUUGCUGAAUUGGGUACAAAUGGUUUUGAUGGUAAUAAUCAACUCAUAAUAAAGGGACGUUUCCAACAAAAACAAAUUGAGACUGUACUAAGAAGAUAUAUCAAGGAGUAUGUUACAUGUCAUACUUGUCGGUCUGAUACUAACUUACAACGUGAAAAUCGUCUUUUCUUUCUACAAUGUGGUACUUGUGGUAGUCGAUGUUCAGUAGAAAAUGUCAAAUCAGGUUUCCAAGCUGUUACAAACAGGAGAUCAAGACAGCAACAAUAA